AUGCAGCUCCCACGCAGAUCGGUCAGGAGCAUCCAGGAGCUCCCCAGUAUCUACACAGUGUUUCCACCGCACUACAAGCCCGUCCGUACUCACAGCGCCUCAACAUUCUCAGACUCAGCAAGGUCGCCAGAUAUCGAAGAUGGCCUCGAGGUGGUCCCAUUGGAACUAUGCACUGACUACAGCGCGCUCUCAGUCAGUGCGUGCCUGGACGAGAAGGAGGUUUUUAUCAUGGAGCAAAGAGAAGGGCUUGAGAAGCCUCUGCCAAGUGUUCCAAAAUCAGCAUGGGGUCGAACCUGGGGUCGGAUGUCUGUGAAGUACCGCGUGCUAGCAGUACUGGGUUUGCAAGCCCUUCUGCUACUGACAGUGGGGAUUGCCUUGUUAGCGGCCGGUCCUAAACGUUCAGAAGACAAUCACUCUGAGAUUCGGGAGACUGGAAGCAACGAGACGAAUACAGCUACCACCUCGACCCUUGAGCGAGGUACCUUCAUGGUACCCAUCCAGUUCCCUCAGCAGCAGAGCUCGAAGUGUCUAGCGCGAGCGAAUGAGUCACGCGCAUGGCAGUGCGCCUUUGACACCAUGUUACAGCUUAGCAUCCUGCCAUCACAGGGCGAAGACGCCGACGAGCCUAUUAUGAUCACCCUCGGACUUCCUUCGACUUCUAAUCGCAGCGUUCACUGCGGCCAGCAAGCUCCAGAAAUCGGUCCGACAGCAUUGGUGGCUCUUGAUGGUUCCGGCGAUGAAGCGCAGUAUCGAUUCUCUGCAAUCUAUAGCCGGACUGUGAUACUUCGAGAAGACCAACUCGGGCAAGAAAAGACCAAUUCGUCGCCAAUGCAGGGCCAACCGAGACACACAAUAUUUCAGCCUGGGCUGUCGCUCUGGCGGUGCAGAUUCAACGACACGCGGCUGGAGGGCUCCAUCUACGCAGAGAAGGGUGGGGGCUCGGUGUCCAAUGUGACAGAUGCAGCGCCUGAAGCCAGUCGUCGGCUUCCGUACAAGCUGCAGCUCUUGGAGCAAAGGGUGCCGGCUACUGGUAGUGUGCCUUACUGCGAGAGGGUUGUGGUCGGUGUCGACGGAGGCCUGGAAGAGAGGAAUGAGAAGGUAAGCUUGGAGGUAUCUGAUGCGCAAUCUGAAGCUGGCUCGGAUGAAGAUCAAGCAGACACUUCCUGUCAAUGUCAAUGGCUCAUCGAGUAA